AUGUCUACCUCGUCCUGGAUACAUCCACUUCUAACUGAACUUGAAAUUAAUAUAAAAAAUAUAGCCCAAGUUUGGGAUGACAUGGGUGUCGUUGGAGAAAAUUAUACGGUCAGACAAAGGACUUUGUCGCACCAUCUCCACCGUCUACUCGAAGAUAUGCUUGAUGAGGAAACGAGGGCCAAGCAAACCCUCUUAGAUUCAAUAAAUGAUCUGAGAACAAAAAUUGUUGAGUUUGAAGCCGAAAUGGGCGUACCAAGUUUUAACUUUCCCUCUGAUAACUCCUUGGUUGCAACCGAAAAGGAGCUUUUUGAUUAUCACAAGUCUCUGACCAAAAAGGCCGAAAAUUCCAUCCGAGAGAUCACCUUAUUGCUGGAACAGGAAUCCAUCUUGUGCUCCCUUUUAGGAGAAAAACCUAUCUCGGUCAGCUUCAAGCAUGUUCCUAGUUUUGAUCAAAGCGAAAGACUAGCUCAUCUCAUGGAGCUAAAAGAGGAUGUCCUCGCGCUUUGCUCUUAUUUGAACAUGACGCUCGAGGAAGCCUCUAGUAAUUGUGAAAUGUCCUUAAUGCUAAAGAGCGAUUUCUCUAUUGAGCCAGCGUCGCUGACGUGCGCGUUCAUUGCAAGUCUGGAAGAACUAAGGGAUAAUCUGGACUCUAAGCUGAUUCUAAUUGGGACUAAAUGUCGCCAGCUAAAGGACGAGUGGUUGUCACUUCGGUCCCGUCUCAAGCUCGAAGAUAGCUCUGAAUUCAAUGAGAUAAAACCGUCCGUUGAACUUUUCAAACAGGUAUCUUUUCCUUAUACACUUUCUCAUUAA